UGAACUCAAGCGAACGCCGAGAUUGGAGUCAGCAAACUCAAACAGCUCGGUGCAUAAUUUUGGAGGUGGUGUACGGCCGCGCAGGAGAGCGUUUAGCUACAUUGUAGCAGCCCAAUGAACAAGGGGGUAGUUCUAUUAGGGUUUAAAGUGAUUCUUCACCAUGACGUCACAUCGAUGACAGUUUGCAUCUGCCAAUCAAAAGUGACAUGAAAUGGCGACGGGUUAUUGGGCAAAGAGGGAAGAAGAGAGAAAGAAGUUUUGAUUAAGCAUCGGCGCUGCAUACACUUGUCUCUCAUAAGCUAAUUGUGGAGUCCUUCUCUCUAACGACUAUGCAAAUUGACCGAUUAGCAAGUUAGAUAGGAAUCUCAUCGCUGGAGGAGGGAUCGCAUCACUCGGCGUACAUGUCUUGGUCUAAAACAGAACUUACUUCUCAUUCUCCAUCAGGAUAGCUGACGGGAUCGGCUCUAACACGCCGUGUUCAUGUGGAAAUUCAUUAUUAUAUGAAUCGAAUUCCAACAUUGGUUUCUUCACAGCCUGUUAAAAAGUCACGGACGACAAGACUAAUAUUUCACCUCAUCCUCGUCAAUUUAUUGCAUUCAUUCAGAUCAACAGGGCUUCAUCAUCGUUUACUCCUUUUUUCCAUUCUGUCGCAAAGCAUUUUCUUCUUCAAGUUUUAACUUGAACGAAAAGUAAAGUCAAGAAAAGAAAAUAUUUUAUCUUUCAUUUCAUGUCUGAACCCCAAAAGGGAUUGAGAGUGUAUCCAUCUUGUUACGCUUUAACUGGUUUUUAUGCCCUGUGAACCCCCUAAACGGUACAUAACACUGGUGGUCAGUGCGUUGAUGCGGACGUUUCUUAUUCGACCCUCUCAUUACUACACGUGAAUCAGCUUUACAAACUUAUGAAGCGAAACUUUGAGCAGGAGUUGAAAAUUCAAUUUUGUAUUUCUACUUAUUUCUUGGACUUGAGAACAUAAAUAAUUUAGAGUUUUCUCUGCGAGAAGAACAACGGGAGAUGAAAUAGUAAUUUCUGAAACUUUGAGAAGAACAUCAGCUCAUCCAGCUUAGAAAAGGAUUAUUUCAGGAGAGGAUUGAAGAGUGACAAUUGAAAAAAAUGUCAGCGGUGGAGUUAUUUCGACCGCCUAUUAGCGGCAUCUCGACAUCAACCAGCAGCGCGACGUCGAAAUCGAGUUGUUUCACGAUAGAGUCACUUGUAGCAAAAGACACAAAUCAUAACAACAACCACCAUCACCAUCAUCAUCGAGCAAGUCCGACUCCUCCGUCAUCACCGCAAGCUGCAGCUACGGCAUCAACCAUGGAAUCGAACUCGUUAGCCUCGUCACCGUUCACGCCGCCGGCGACGAGCCGGCAUGGCGGGAUCAUCAAACCUAUGCCCACCGAGGCAUCAUUCUUUACCUCGCUCAGCGGGAUGAAGGGACUCUACCACCCAGAGCCUAUCUAUCACACCGCCGCCGCUAGCGGGCCACAGUCUCACGUCGGCCCGAUCCAGCAACAACUCGGACUCGCACAUCAUCAUAACCUGGCAGCCGCCGCUGCAGCAGCGGCAGCCCAACAUAGUCACCCGGCGCUUGCCGGUGUGUUCGGCGCACACGGUCUUGGUGGGCCGAGGCGUGAUGGUUUUGGACUAUAUCCGUGGUUGCUAGCCAGGAAUCGUUUUCUUGCCGCAGGUCACAGGCCAUUCCCAGGUGAUCUUCCAAACGGUGGAUUCUUCCUCCAACAUCCAUUUAGGAAACCCAAAAGAAUCAGGACAGCUUUUUCUCCCUCCCAGCUCCUCCGACUAGAAAAUGCCUUCGAAAAGAACCAUUAUGUUGUAGGCGCGGAAAGAAAACAACUGGCAGCAAGUCUAAACCUUACAGAAACACAAGUAAGUAUAGGUUUCACACCUGUAAAGAUUUCCCAAUAAAGACACGCAGAAAAUAAAAAUGCAUGUGGAUUAAAUUCGUGGAACUAAUUCAUACUACCUGCAGGCAGGAAAUUUGACCUUCUCACUUUGAUAAUAAAUCAAUAUGUAUGAAAACAUCUCUAGACGAGAUCUUAUUAAUCUUCUGAAACAAUAAAAUAGCCCAAAUUUCUUGCGCCAGUCAAAUAGUUUCAAAAUUAAAGUGAAUUUCUUAGUCAUGUUAGGUUGUUCUUUUUAGAAUCACUGUUAGAAGGCGAAUCGUAAUUAUGCAUAUACACCUGUGUCUAUCAGCUAAAAAAGAUGUAAAAUCAUGGCUCACCUUGAAUGGUCUUAAACUGAAUGAUGACAAGUCAGAGUUUUUACUUUUAGGUUCAAGAAAGAUGUUAAGUAAGAUCAACUAUCGAUCUUGUCGUCUCAAUAUUGGUAGCACCUCCAUUACACCAUCAGAUCGAGCUCGUAAUUUGGGAGUUAUUUUCGAUCAGGACAUGUCUUUUCGCCAUCAUCUAACAUAUGUUCAACAAAGUGUCAGGUAUCAACUUCGAAAUCUAAGUUUCAUAAGAAAGUGUCUUUCCAAACCUGCGGCUGAAAUCCUCAUUCACUCUUUAAUUUCCUCCCGUUUAGAUUUUGCCAACUCAUUGUUCUGCAAUUUACCUAAGAAGGACAUAAUAAAACUUCAAAGACUACAAAAUUCUGCAGCACGCCUACUGACACUGACAAAGAAGUCUGAUUCAAUAACUCCCAUUCUCCGAUCUCUCCAUUGGCUACCAGUUGAUAAAAGAAUUAUAUUCAAAAUUUUGUUACUAGUUCAUCACUCUGUCUACUCUGUUUCCCCCUUAUACCUGUGCAACUCAAUUUCUCGAUAUUGCCCGACACGAAGUCUUCGUUCUUCAUCAGAUACAUUGUUGCUUCAGAUACCAAGAACCAGACACACAUGGGGGGAUAGGGCUUUCUCUGUCAUGGGUCCAAAACUCUGGAACGAACUCCCGCUACGAAUUCGACAGUUGUCUUCUACAGAAUCAUUCAAAUCCCAACUAAAAACCUAUCUAUUCCCCUGAAAUGAUUAAUUUAAUAAUUUAAUUUGCCUUGUCCAGGAGAUAUUUUAUUUUAUUAUUCUUUCUUUUUCUCUUUCCUUUUUUUUUUUCCUAAGCGCCAUGAGCACCUUAAUGUGGACCUGUGCGCUAUACAAAUAACCACUAUUAUAUCAAAUUAAAAAUAUUUGGAACGAAUGAAUAUAUUUUGCAUUUUUGUUGAAAUUAGGCAGGUGGGACAUGUAAUAUCUUUUGGGGGGAGCAAGGGUUUUUUAUGUCGUUUUAUUUUUUGCCGUUGUCACUAAAUUUGUGAAUUUGUAUGGUUGUGAAUUGAAUAAAAGAGUAAUGAAUAAGAUAGAAGAGUACAAGUAGGCCCUAUACAUUACAACCUUUGGAGCUCAAGAAGGAACAGUCAAACAAGACUCAUUUUCUGAGAGAAUCGUUCUGAUAACACAGUAUACAAACAUUGCCUGUGGCUGACUGGUACAUUUUGUUAAACGACACCAUAAAUUCAAUAAGUGUUGGAGAGAUAUUCCUGCAAAUUGUUGUAAUUUGUGCACUUUAGAUGUUUCCCCAGUAUAAAUGAGAUACAUUUCCGGGGUAACGAAAUUUCCCUCUCUCUCAAGUGGUAAUCUAAUUCAAUAAAUCUUUGCAAAUGUGUUACACAACAUUAAGCAACCAAACAAGAGAAAUGCUGAUAUUAGGAUCUUGUAUUUUCUCGGCGGUCGCGCGAAAUCUAAUUUGUAAAACUAAGGUUAACUUAUAUUACAAUUUUAUUCAUGGCGCGGUUGAAUCAGUUUAUUAGUUAUCAGAAAAUUUAUCUUAAUUCAACAAGAUGCAAAUAAAUAACCAAUGUAUUUUGCAAAUUCAAUGUAUAAAUGUAUUGUAAUCGUAGAAUGUUGCUGGUUGUAAUAUCAAUCACUCAGUAUAAUAGUUUUAGCUACAGUAGAUUUAUAUAGACAGCUUUAAAUUUUUUAGCUAAGGAUUGAAAAUUGAAUAGAAUAAUAAUGAAAAGAUUAAUCCGAUAUGUGGAAACUGAUAUCUGAAGAUGCAUGACACUUUGAUGAACAUACUACUCUCUAUAUAAUAACUGCUGAACUGGAAAUUAAAAAAAUGUAUUUUUGAAAUUAAUUCUUUGAGAAGUUAACUCUGAUGAAUAGCAAUAUAAAGGUGACAUUGAAGAAAACAGAAAAUCUAAUUAACAC